UAGCAAUCCUCUCCAAUGACGGACAACUGACUCGUGCAUCUUUGUUUACUUCCACUGCCUUCCAGUGCGAUGAUAAGUGAUUACAACUGAUGAUGACGUACGACGAACUUUGACGAGCAGUUGUCAAGUCGCGUAAAUCGAUUGCAGGCGAUUUUUCAUCCAAAUCAUUUGCGUUGAUUUCCUCGAUUGUGCAACCACUGUUGCGCGAAGUGUGUAACUCGCGAAGCUCCAUCGUGUGCAAAUUAACUGGACGGCCGUGAAAAUUGGAAAGCAAUCGGGAUUAGAAAAGAUUUCAAUUUGGGUUGAUUAAAAAGUUUUCAGAAGAAAAUGGCUCCACCUCCUCCGCUACCGCAGUCGCCCAAAGAGGAUUUACCGCCCCCAAAGGCAGAUUUCAGUGCUCCACCUCCUUAUGAAGAAGCGGAGAUUCCACACAGCAAACUCCCUACAUAUGAAGAAGUUCAGUUGGAAAAAUCGUUGCAUAAUGAUUAUCCUCAAUUACCACCACAUCCGAUGCCGCCACCGAAUCCACAUCUGGACACCCGUGCUACAACCUCGGCAGGAACACAACCCUCAAUGACAUUCAUCGCUAUUGAUACACAGGAUCCUGAAAGUUUGACGAGUGGUGAUAAUGGACUGUUGGGGACGGAUAUAAUGUUCGUAACGGCGUUUAUGGUGGCAUUUCUAUUCAACUGGAUUGGUUUCUUGAUGUUAACAUGUUUUUGUCACACAAUUGCGGCACGCUAUGGAGCGCUGUCCGGAUUCGGACUGUCGCUGGCGAAAUGGACACUAAUUGUCAAACAUUCCGAUUAUGCUUCAUCGCAUGAGAAUUCGUGGCUUUGGUGGCUUAUCAUGGCAUUUGGGUUUUUAAUCUGCGUACGUGCGCUUGUGCAGUACAUUAGCAUAAAGCGAACUUGGCGAUUGUUAUCUGCAGCCGCGCAGGAACGGCUAUUGUUCUUUUAUUAAAAAAUAUAUGAAGGAAGUAUAUUUUUUUGAAAGAAACGAAAAAUAUAUUUAAAACAGAUUAUAAAUUUAAAUCAAAGAUAUUUAGAUAAGUAAGAUUUAGAAUCAACACCGUUAAAUUUUUUUGAAGCUGUGGUAUUUUUUUGAAAUUGUUCAAAAUGUAUGUAUUGGUCGCUCUUUACCAGCUUAUUUUUAUUCGUUCAGUUGGAAUUUUAGCUCCUCCAGCAAAGUCUAAAAAACAAUAAAUAAUUUUGUAAUUUGAUACAGGUUUUCUUGAUGGGAAGAUGUUAUGAUUUUUAAUAUAAUAUCAUGGUUAGUAACUUGCGGAAGUAGCCAGCAAAAGAUCAUAAUGUAGCACCGGGCACUGAUGGUAUAAGUGAAAUUCAUGAAUUUUGUGUAUAAUUUGACACUUGUUCCGGCUGGCAUUGAAUGAAGACAAAGCACAUCUGUUGGGGUGUGACUACUAAAAAUUAAUGGAUUUCCGUACUUAAUUACGAGCUUUCAAAUCAAGUAAAAUAUUCCAAACCGAAUUAGUUCUUGGAAGUUAUCGAACCGAAAUUUAUUCCCCUGUAUAUGGGACAUGAAGCGUGCUUGCGCGUCGUUCUCGAAUGACGCAGCACAAGCGUUUUUGAAUCAUUUUUAUUUGUUAUAUACAUUUUUAUCUGAUCCAAUAAUGAGAUAAAUUCGAAGAGGACAUGAAUAUGAAAUGCAUUUUGAAUACAUUUCCUAUUGCAAAAUUUGUAUGUAUGUGUACAAUAAGAAAAAAAUGAUAAAUUUAGGUAUUGCCGGAAAAUGUCCAUUAACAAGCUAAUUCUGUUUUUUUUAUCAGAUUAGAAAAUCUGGAAAUCACAAAUUAUCCUUCAUUCCACUGCAACUAAAUAAAAUGAAAGUGAGAGUGUUAAAUAAAUUUCUAUAUUGAAUCCAA